GCGAGGCCCUGUGUUCUGAUGUCUCAUCAUUCUCCCUAACUGUUGGGGUAAAGAUCUCAGCCAAGAGGCAAGAAAAGGAUAAAUUAUAGAAGGAUGUUGAAGGAAGUGCUCUUCUUAGUUCUGACGGCAUUAUGUCUGUCGGACGCCGUCAGUAUUAAAAGUCACGUUGCUGACAUGAAUUUCGUACAAAAGCAAAAGAAGAUCCAUGAAUUAUUGCUUUUUGUGAAACAAAACGUUCUAACCGACGUAGAAUAUUACAAUAUUGGACGUAACUAUAAAAUCGAGAACAAUGUGGAAAUGUAUAAAGAAAAGGAUGUCGUCAAAGAGUUCCUUCAUUAUUACAAACGCGGCAUGCUUAGUCGCGAUGCCAUCUUUUCGCCAUUCUACGAAGAGCACCUUAACGAAAUGAUUCUAUUGUUCAAACUCUUCUAUAAUGCAAAAGAUUUCGAUAUCUUUUAUAAGACCGCUGCUUGGGCACGUCUUUCCGUGAAUUCCGAUGUCUUCACGCUAGCUUUCUACGUUGCCAUUUUCUAUAGACCCGAUUGCAAAUAUAUUAUGCCCAUGUUACCUUAUGAAAUAAAUCCAAAUUAUUUCUUUGACUCGAAUGUCAUUCAGGAAGCACAGCGCAUCAAAAUGAUGCAUGGUUUAACUUCUACUGGCAAUAUGAAUAAUACGGACAUUUACGUAAUCUACAGUAACUAUACUAACACGUUCUCGGAAGAAAAUAAAUUAGACUACUUUACGGAAGAUUUUGGUUUGAAUACCUACUAUUUCUAUUUCCGUCAGAUCUUCCCAUUCUGGUUGAAUAGCAAAGAAUACAAUAUUCCUCGGGAAUAUCGUGGUAUUUUCUACUUGUAUGUCCACCAGCAACUGGUCGCUCGUUACUACUUGGAACGCUUGUCGAAUGACUUGGGUGAGAUCGAAGACUUUAACUUACAGAAACUAUUUUACUCAGGAUUCUAUUCUUCUAUGGUAUUUAGUAACGGUGAUGUAAUACCCCCUUACAAGUCUUAUUACAAUGUACCUUAUUACAAAUACCAAUAUUUAAAGGAAAUGGAUACUCUAGAAUUUCGUUUUAUGGAUGCCAUUGAUUCUGGAUUAGUUUUAGACAGCAAUGGCAAAUUUGUAAAUAUUUAUACUCCCGAAGGAUUAAAUAUUCUCGGUAAUCUGAUCGAAGGUAACUCUGAUACCUGUAACAAAUAUUACUACGGAAUGUAUGAAAUAUUGGCAAGAAAUGUUUUUGGAACCAACUUCGAUUAUACAUACAAAGACAAGACCAUGCCAAGUGCUAUGCAAUUUUAUAGUACUAGCAUGAGGGAUCCAGCUUUCUAUGCUCUCUUUAAUAAAAUCAAUAAUUACGUAGAAAGAUACAAGACACAUAUGCCAGCCUACUCUCAGAGCGAACUCGACUUCCCUGGUAUCAAGAUUGAAUCCGUCAAUAUGGACAAACUUUGGACUUACUUCGAUUACUGUGAUGCAACGAUUAACAAUGCCGUAUACUUUAACAGUUUCAAAGAAGGAUCAUCCCUGUAUAUCAAGGCUCGUCGUUAUUGUCUCAAUUACAAACCAUUUACUUACCGUCUAAGUGUGAAUUCCGACAAAGACAUCAAGGUCCUAGUCAAGGUUUUCCUUGGACCUGCCAUAGGUCAAGACAUGAGUUACCUCAGCAAAUACUAUAAAUACUUCGUAAUGUUGGACCAAUUCGAUGUGUUACUAAAGCAAGGUAUAAAUAACAUCGAACAUGCAAGCACCGAAGCUAUUUACAAAAUGUCUAGCGAUAAACUCUACAAAAAACUUCAGAACGCUGUCAGUGGUAGCGAACCAUUUACUUAUUAUGAAAAAGUUUACGCUUUCCCUGAACGCCUAACUCUUCCUAAGGGUAAACCCGAGGGUAUGAAAUUCAAGAUGUUCUUCUAUUUGAGUCCAUAUGACGAAUCGAAAAUGAUCCACAUCGAACUACCUAUCUUCGGUAAAAUGACUUACGACGGCAAACCAUUCGGUUUCCCUCUUGACAGACCAAUGUACACCUGGAAAUUCUUUACUCCUAAUAUGUAUUUCAAAGACGUUUAUGUCUACAAUACAAAGGAUACCGAAAAGUUCUCUAAUUAUUACUCUAAUUAGACUUAACGGCAAAUAUAUCUUUGGAUGCGAUUUUGU